AUGGGUCAGAAAAGAGGUCGCGACUCAAAAUCCCAGGCGCGGGAGUCCAAAAAGCAGAAGAAGGCUGUCAAGUCCAGCGUGGAAUCAGAAGGCAAUUCCUGGGACGGCGUGGUCGGCAUUGAUGACCUCAACUGGAAGGAAGUAGCUCUUCCUGAUCGGCUAGGAGAUGCAAGUGGUUUCUUUGGAUUGGAGGAGAUUGACGGAGUAGACAUCGUUCGGUCUACGGGUGGGGGACAGAUUCGAUUCAAGGCCAAGUCCGGGAAACCAAAUCAGUCGAUACUAAAGGCUCCCUCUGGGGAAGACAACGGGGAAGAAUGGUCUGGCUUCAGCGACGGAGAAUCGACUGAUAAGACCGCUGCCAUCCCGAUCGCCGAUGCGCAGCCAGCGAAGGACGAGAAGAAAUCGAAGAACAAGAAGGAGUCCAAAGAACCCAAGGAAGCCAAAAAUGCGAAGAAGGCCAAGGCAACCAAGACCAAGGAUGCACAGCCUGCGCGGGACCCCAAUUUGAAAGCCGGACUCUCGUUUGCCGCGCUCCUCGAGGAGGCUGAAGAAGAUGAUGGUGUGGAUGUAUCCGCGUGGGAUAAGCUCGGGCUUUCUCCAGAGAUUCUUACAAGUCUGUCCAAGCUCAAGUUCGCUACCCCGACUGCUAUACAGAAAUCGUGCAUUCCUGCAAUCCUGGAGGGCCACGACGUCGUUGGAAAAGCCUCGACGGGUUCCGGUAAAACGCUUGCCUUCGGCAUCCCCAUCCUCGAGCAUUACCUGGAGAAGCGAGGGAAGAAGGAAGACGAGGCUGAAACGCCGAACUCUGCUCCCAUGGCGCUUAUCCUUUCGCCCACCCGAGAGCUCGCGCAUCAAUUGGCGAAGCAUAUCGGGGAGCUGAAUGCAAAUGCCCCGGAUACCAAUGCACGUAUCGCUCUUCUGACGGGCGGCCUGUCUAUUCAAAAGCAACAGAGACAACUUUCCGGUGCUGAUAUCGUCAUUGGUACACCCGGCCGUGUCUGGGAGAUUCUGAGCACGGGCUCAGGAUUGAUUCGCAAGAUGCAGGGCAUCAAAUACCUGGUUGUUGAUGAGGCAGAUCGUCUGCUUAGCGAGGGUAAUUUUAAGGAAGUGGAAGAAAUCCUGGGUGCUUUGGACCGUAAAGAGCAGGGCGACUUCCCCGACAUGGACGAAGAGGCAGCCGUCGAAGAAGAACCGAGCGUUCGUCAGACCCUUGUCUUCUCCGCUACCUUCCAUCGAGAGUUGCAACAAAAGUUGGCUGGAAAGAGUCGCUGGAGUGGAGAGGAUGCAGUGGAUAAGAAGGACUCCAUGGAAUAUCUUCUGAAGAAGCUAAAUUUCCGUGAAGAGAAGCCCAGGUUCAUCGACGUGAACCCCGCGCAGCAAAUGGCGGAGGGAUUGAAGGAAGGCAUUGUUGAAUGUCCUGCGAUGGAGAAGGAUCUCUACCUCUAUUCGAUUCUACUUUAUCACCCUAAGCACCGAACCCUCGUUUUCACAAACUCUAUCUCUGCCGUCCGACGUCUCACCCAAUUGCUGCAAAACCUGCAGCUUCCUGCCCUUGGCCUUCACUCUUCCAUGGCACAAAAGGCUCGACUUCGCUCUGUAGAGCGGUUCUCCUCACCAACAGCAGACCCCAGCUCUAUUCUCGUUGCCACCGACGUUGCGGCACGUGGUCUUGAUAUCAAGGGUAUUGACUGCGUGAUUCACUACCACGCACCCCGCACAGCAGAUGCCUACGUUCACCGAUCCGGUCGUACUGCUCGUGCCGGUGCCGUCGGUAAGAGUGUUAUCAUCUGUGCUCCAGAAGAAGUUGUCAGCGUGGCCCGUCUCGCUGCCAAAGUCCACGUCCGAAAUGCCAAGAAAGGGCCAGUCAAGAAGUUGCCACUUGAGUCCCUCGAUAUCGACCGCCGAGUUGUCGCCCGCGUGCGCCCCCGCAUCGACCUCGCCAGGAAAAUAACAGAUGCAAGUCUCGCCAAGGAGAAGAUCUCUGCCGAGGACAACUGGCUUCGUGCUGCGGCCGAUGAUCUCGGUGUUGAGUAUGACAGCGAUGCGUUUGACGAGUCCAAGGGUAAGGGCCGUGGUCGUGGUGGUGGACGCCAUCUGAAAGAAAAGCAGGAUAGCAGCAUCACCAAAGGCGAAUUGGCUGGGCUGCGCGCUGAGUUGAAGCAUCAGCUUUCUCAGCGGGUGAACAUCGGUGUCAGUGAGCGUUAUCUCACGGCUGGACGUAUUGAUAUUGAGGCUCUUCUGCGCGGCGAGGGCAACGAUUCAUUCCUGGGGCAUCUGGAUCCCUUGAAUUUCUAA